AGCGCCGCCACUCUUCCUGUCUCCUCCUCAUCGGGAUCCUCCCGAUCCAAAAAAAUCCCCUCGCUCCAACGUUCCCGUCCUCCUCCUCCCGCGUGUGCCCGCCUCCUCGUCCCUGUGCCCGCAGGCGCCGAGGCCACUUCCUCUGCUCGAUCCCGGGGGAUCACGAGCAGCUCGUCCCCGUUGCUUCGAUCUCCAGCGAGCACCAGGACCUCCCCGGCCCUCUUUCUCCUGCCUUGGCUCGAAUCUUGCCGCCGGUGACCUCGUUCCUCUCCCUUCCCCGUUUUCUUUCCAUUCCCCUCGUUCCUCUCCCUCACCCCGCAGCCAUGGUGCUUCGUAGGUCCCAUCCAUGGUCGCCCGAUGGAGCUCCGGGUCAAGCCAUGUCGCCGCCGCCGUCCUGGAGCUUCUUGCCGCCGGUGCCCGUCUUCAGCGCCCCAAGUCCAGCCGGCGUCUGCUCCUGCAUCGAGCAGGGAGCGAGGAGGAGGAACCCCCAACUCCCGCCGCCGUCUUGUUUUGUACGUCGUCGUCUCCGUCUCCGUCUCCAGCCUCGUCCCCGCCUCCAGGUCGCCGCGCCUCCGCCCGCCGCCAUCUUCUUCCCGGAGCACAUCCACCGUACCUCGCCUCGUCCGCACCAAGCCUCGGCGACCCCUCCUGGACCGAGCCUCCGCCGGCCACCUCCGCCUCGAGCUGUCGGAGAUCGCGCCUGCCGCUUCAACUCCCCUCUGCGUCCCGCGCCGCCGCUCCUGCUUCAUUCCGGCGAGGCUCCGCUCGGAUCUGUUCGCCUCCACGCCGUCCGCAGCCAUCGGCACCUGCAUCCCCUGCUUCGUGAACGAGGAGACCAGCGCCGCGCCUUUGUUGACCUGUUGCACUGCCAGCGUGGACGAGACCACGUCGCCCGUUUGGGCCAGUUCAGCGCCAAGGCCCAGCCUGCGCCCCGCGGCCUGCCUCCACCUCCUCACCGACUGGGUUUAGCCCAUGUUCCGGUAAUGUUGCGAUUGUGAGGAUUCGUUCGACUACGUCCGCUUGUCUUC